GAGCGGCCGGGUGGGCGCGGCGGGCCCGGCGGGCCGGAGCGGCGGCGGACGGGCGUUUCAUCCAGAGGACGCAGUGAGGACGUGUCCCACCUGCCUGGCACUGCUGGCCAUGACCCCGCUGCUGUGACUGCAGCCAGCCUGUGAGCACAGCACGGGGGACAACAGGGGUUGACAUGGCCAGUGUCAUCCUGGAGAGCAUCUUCCUGAAGCGCUCGCAGCAGAAGAAGAAAACAUCUCCCCUCAACUUCAAGAAGCGCCUGUUCCUGCUGACGGAGAGCAAGCUGUCCUACUACGAGUAUGACUUUGAGCGGGGGCGCCGGGGCAGCAAGAAGGGCUCUGUGGACAUUGAGAAGAUCACCUGUGUGGAGACAGUGGCACCUGAAAACAACCCUCCCCCUGAGCGACAGGUCCCGAGGAAAGGGGAGGAUUACAACAACAUGGAGCAGAUCUCAAUCAUCGAACGGUUCCCCUACCCCUUCCAGGUGGUCUAUGACGAGGGGCCUCUGUACAUCUUCUCCCCGACCGAGGAGCUGCGCAAGCGCUGGAUCCAUCAGCUGAAGAGCGUGAUUCGGUACAACAGCGACCUGGUGCAGAAGUACCACCCCUGCUUCUGGAUCGACGGGCAGUACCUGUGCUGCUCCCAGACAGCCAAGAACGCCAUGGGCUGCCAGAUUCUGGAGAGCAGGAAUGGCAGUUUAAAAGUUGGGCGGUCGCAUCGCAAGACAAAGAAGCCCCUUCCCCCAACUCCUGAGGAGGACCAGAUGGUGAUGAAGCCUCUGCCUCCCGAGCCAGCCCCCAGCACAGCAGGGGAGAGGAAGAAGGUGGUGGCCCUCUACAACUAUGAGCCAAUGAAUGCCCAGGACCUGCAGCUGCACAAGGGCGAGGAGUACUUCAUCCUGGAGGAGAGCCACCUGCCCUGGUGGAAAGCCCUUGACAAGAAUGGGAGGGAAGGAUACAUCCCCAGCAACUACGUCACUGAAACCAGAAAUUCCCUGGAGAUCUUUGAGUGGUACUCCAAGAAUAUCACUCGGAGCCAAGCAGAGCAACUGCUGAAACAGGAGGGUAAGGAAGGAGGCUUCAUUGUCAGAGAUUCCACCAGCAAGACAGGGAAAUACACUGUCUCUGUCUAUGCCAAGUCCUCUGCAGACCCCCAAGGCACGAUCCGCCACUACGUUGUCUGCUGCACCCCCCAGAAUCAGUAUUACCUGGCAGAAAAACACCUCUUCAACAGCAUCCCAGAGCUCAUCACCUACCACCAGCACAACUCUGCAGGGCUCAUAUCCAGACUGAAGUACCCCGUGUCUCAGCACAAGAAAAGUGCUCCUUCCACAGCUGGCCUUGGCUAUGGCUCGUGGGAGAUUGACCCCAAGGAUCUGACCUUCCUGAAGGAACUGGGGACGGGGCAGUUUGGCGUGGUGAAAUAUGGGAAAUGGAGAGGCCAGUACAACGUUGCCAUCAAGAUGAUCAGGGAGGGCUCCAUGUCAGAGGACGAGUUCAUUGAUGAAGCCAAAGUCAUGAUGAACCUGUCUCACGAGAAGCUGGUGCAGCUCUAUGGGGUCUGCACUAAGCAGCGUCCCAUCUUCAUCAUCACCGAGUACAUGGCCAAUGGCUGCCUCCUGAACUUCCUGAGGGAAACACGGCAGCGCUUCCAGCCCGCCCAGCUGCUGGAGAUGUGCAAGGAUGUCUGUGAAGCUAUGGAGUACCUGGAAUCCAAGCAGUUCCUGCACAGAGACCUGGCUGCUCGAAACUGUCUGGUGAAUGACCAAGGAAUUGUGAAAGUGUCAGAUUUUGGUCUUUCCAGGUACGUGCUGGAUGAUGAGUACACGAGCUCCAUGGGGUCCAAGUUCCCAGUGCGGUGGUCUCCUCCUGAAGUGCUGCUGUACAGCAAGUUCAGCAGCAAGUCUGACGUCUGGUCCUUUGGCGUCCUGAUGUGGGAAGUUUAUUCCCUGGGAAAGAUGCCUUACGAGAGGUUUAACAACAGCGAGACAACCGAGCACGUCAUCCAAGGCCUGCGCCUGUACCGGCCGCAGGCGGCCUCGGAGCGGGUCUACGCCAUCAUGUACAGCUGCUGGCACGAGCCUGAGGAGCGCCCCACCUUCACUGUGCUGCUGAGCAGCAUCCUGGACAUGGCUGACGAGGAGUGCUGACCACGGGCACUGCCCCGACCCUGCCCAGCGCUGCCACUGCCCCGCGGGACACCCCGCACACCGGCUGGCACAGUCCUCAUGGACAGGGGCGUGCAAGAGCCUGGGGGACCCACACGGCUGCACCCACAGCUCCAUCACAUGCUCAGAGCUUCAGCACAUCCCUGAAGCUCAAUCCCAUGCUCAGAACUCCAUCACAUCCCCAGAACUCCGUCAGCACCUUGGAGCUCCAUCACAUUCUCAGAGCUUCAGCACAUCCCUGGAGCUCCAUCAUGUGCUCAGAACUCCAUCACCCCCCUGGAGCUCCAUCAGCGCCUUGGAGCUUCAUCACGUGCUCAGAGCUCCAUCACCACUCCAGAACUCCAUGACAUCCCCAGAACUCCAUCAGCGCCUUGGCGCUCCAUUACAUGCUCAGAGCUCCAUUGCAUCCCUGGAGCUCCAUCACCGCCCCGGACCAUUCCCGCUCCGGUCGGUCCCGGACAAUAAAACGGUUCCAAGGCCUCCCCGUUGCGGCCGCUCCGCC